UAUCUGAAGGGAGUCUGAAGCCAGUCAGUCGUCACUGAAAUGGAGGCCAGAGCUGAAGUUCUCUCCUGUUCCAUCUGUCUGGAUCUACUGAAGGAUCCAGUCACUCUCAACUGUGGACACAGCUUCUGUCAGGUCUGUGUUGAAGGUUACUGGGACUUCGAAGAUGAGAGGAAAAUCUGCCGGUGUCCUCAGUGCAGACGGACCUUUAAACGGAGGCCUGUCCUGCAGAAGAACGUCAUGUUAGCAGAGUUAGUGGAGGAGCUGAAGAAGACUGGAUCCCCAGCUGCUGACCUCUGCUAUGCUGGACCUGAAGAUGUGGCCUGUGACUCCUGCACUGGGAGGAAGCUGAAAGCCCUCAAGUCAUGUCUGCAGUGUCUGACCUCUUACUGUGAGCUACACCUCCAGCCUCAUCUAGAAGCUCCGGCCUUCAGGAGACACAAGCUGGUCCAGCCGUCCAAGCAGCUCCAGGAGAUCCUCUGCCCUCAACACGAUAAGGUGAAGGAGAUGUUCUGUCGUACUGAUCAGCAGGUCAUCUGUCACCUCUGUGCUGUGGACCAACACAAAGACCACCACAUUGUCUCAGCCGCAGCAGAGAGAAGAGAGCGAGAGAAAGAGGUGGAUCAGAGUCGAGGAAGGAUCCAGCAGAGGAUCCAGGAGAGAGAGGAAGAGCUGAAGCUGCUUCAGCAGGAGCAGGAGACCAUCAGAGACUCUGCUGAUAAAGCAGUGAAGGACAGUCAGGAGACCCUCCAGCAGCUGAUCCAGGACCUCCAGAGAAGAAUGUCUGAUGUGGAGCAGCAGAUCAGAUCCCGGCAGGAGACUGAAGCCACUCGGGUACAAGGACUUCAGGAGCAGCUGGAGCAGGAGAUCGCUGAGCUGAAGAAGAAAGAUGCUGAGCUGCAGCAGCUGUCACUCACCGACAGUCACUUGGUCUUUCUCCAGAACUGGUCCUCACUCUCAGAGGUCAGUGAGGACACACUCUCCUCCAGGACCCACGUCCAUCCUCACUGCUGCUUUGAGGAAGUGGCAGCAGCCGUGUCAGCCAGCAGAGAGCGACUCCAGGACCUUCUGAGAGACACCUGCACCAACAUCUCACUGAUGCUCGCUCCAGAGCCCAAGACCAGAGCUGAGUUCCUCAGGUUCUCACAGGACAUCACUCUGGAUCCAAACACUGCAGGCUCAUGGUUGUUGUUGUCUGAAGGAAACAGGAAAGUGAGAGACACAGGGAAAGAUCAGUCUCCUCCUCAUCAUCCAGACAGAUUCACUCGUUAUCCUCAGGUCCUGAGUAAAGAGCCUCUGACUGGAUGUUGUUACUGGGAGGUGGAGUGGAGAGGAAGAGCUGUCAUAGCAGUCUCAUACAAGAACAUCAGCAGAUCAGGAGGAGAAAGUGAAUUUGGAUGUAAUGACAAAUCUUGGUCUCUAUAUUGUCACAGCUCUGGUUGUUCAUUCACACACAACAGCAUCACAACUAAAGUCUCCACAGUUCCAUCCUCCAGAGUGGGAGUGUACCUGGAUCACUCUGCAGGUCUUCUGUCCUUCUACAGCGUCUCUGAAACCAUGACCCUCCUCCACAGAGUCCACACCACCUUCACUCAGCCUCUACAUGCUGGGGUCUUGGUCUGGUCCUCGUCCUCCUCAUGUGAGAUCCUGAAGCUGAACUAAACCCCAGUGUGAGUUGUGUCUCACAAACUCUUCCUGCUGGUUGUUGACUUCUUUCCUCUCCAGCAGUGUGUUUGUGUCCUUCUGCGUGUCAUUGUUGUUGGGCUUUAAACACUUGUGUCUGUGUGUGUUUGUAUGUGUGUAAUAAUGAUCCCACUUUAUUCAUAUCAAUGUUCCCAAAGUGCUUCUACUGGCAAAACUGAACUUGGUUUUGAUUUCAGGUUUGUGUCUUGUGAGUUUCAGUCACUUUCUUUGGAGCCACCUGAUUUUUGUGUAUCAAUGUUGUGUGUUCCUGAGAAAGUUCUUGUUUGUAACACACCAACUCACCUUCUCUGUGUGUUCAUGUGAGGUGUGUGUUUCUCAGUGGGUUUGUGGAAUUUGACAUUAUUGAGGUGAAUGUUGGUUUUUCCAGGACUGUUUUCAAUGGUUGUGUGUUCUUUUGUCUCCAUAUUGUGUGGAUGGUGGGAGUGUUUUGGGAGGAAGCUGCAGCGGAAACACAUGAGUGUGAGUCUCAGACAAGUGCAGUUGUGUUGAUGUGAUGGGCUUGUUGUGUUCAGCGGUCGUCCAUGUUGAGCUGUGUGUUAUUGUGUUUGGCCUCUGGACAGUUGAUCAUGUGACUCCAAUCACUGAAAUAAAGCUGUGGAUGAACCGUGUUGCUGGAGUGUGUUUUUCUUGUGGUGACAGGGUGUGGAGUGGAAUGCUCAGGAGAAAACACACCACCAGGGGUCGCCAGUGAAGCUGUGAGUCCCUCCCCCAUGUCUUUCCUGCGUAAAUGCUGGUGGCUAACAUCCGUUUACCAGACAGAGUUUAGCAGAUUCACAGUCAUGAGCAGUGUUGACUCUCCGGUUUGGACAAGUGCAACAUGUUCUAUCACAACUGUGUCUCUGCAGCUGCCGCAGCUGACUCUGCUGAGAGACACGGCCAGCGUCAGCACUUCCACAUCCUUGACAAUCCUUCUGGAACUGAUUGAAGAAGACCAGUUUCUUGCUCUGACGUCUGUCUCCACUGUCAACAGGAAAUGACCCUGGACAACAGAUGUUUUGCUGCUCGCGCUUUGGUCGCCGUUUGUCAUCUCCUCAUUGAAACACGCCGAGUCAUGAUGUCAUGAAGCCAGGCAGGGAAAAAAAAG